CUUGCACAAUUAGUGGCUGACUAAAUACUUUUUUGCCCCACUGUAUAUAGGCCAAACUGAAAUACAGAUCUUCAGAGUAGUGCAGUAGUACCCUCCACCCUUCACAUCCCCAGUAUAGAAGGACUAAUAUCCAUAAUAGUUAGGCCCUGAUUAGAAGAAAAUAGUUUCCUAGUUUGUGACCGAUCCCCAAGAUGUCAUAGCCUGGUCUGUAUAUGCUUCCGCCUUCUCCCCAGACUACUCUCCAGCCAGAGUUACCUUCUCCCCAGACUACUCCCCAGCCAGAGUUACCUUCUCCCCAGACUACUCCCCAGAUUACUCCCCAGCCAGAGUUACCUUCUCCCCAGACUACUCCCCAGCCAGAGUUACUUUCUCCCCAGACUACUCAGCCAAAGUUACCUUCACCCCAGAUUACUCCCCAGCCAGAGUUACCUUCUCCCCAGACUACUCCCCAGCCAGUUACCUUCACCCCAGACUACUCCCCAGCCAGUUACCUUACCCCAGACUAUUCCCCAGCCAGAGUUACCUUCACCCCAGACUACUACUCCUCAGCCAGAGUUACCUUCACCCCAGAUUACUCCUCAGCCAGAGUUACCUUCACCCCAGACUACUCCCCAGCCAGAGUUACCUUCACCCCAGACUACUCCCCAGCCAGAGUUACCUUCUCCCCAGACUACUCCCUAGACAGAGUUACCUUCACCCCAGACUACUCCUCAGCAAGAGUUACCUUCACCCCAGACUACUCCUCAGCCAGAGUUACUUUCACCCCAGACUACUCCUCAGCCAGAGUUACCUUCACCCCAGACUACUCCUCAGCCAGAGUUACCUUCACCCCAGACUACUCCCCAGCAAGAGUUACCUUCUCCCCAGACUACUCCUCAGCCAGAGUUACCUUCACCCCAGACUACUCCUCAACUAGAUGUACCUUCUCCCCAGAUUACUCCUCAGCCUGUCAGAGUUGAUAAAAGCACAUACAGAUGUGAGGCCAGGCUAAAGCUUUCAUGCCAGUGCAUGCAGUAACAUUGAAACUAGUAGAGCAGUCCUGCUACCUGCUGGGCUAAUGCUACCUACCCACUGCUAUGUGAUCCAGUUUCACCAUGCAACAGAACCCACUGUUUCCGGCCAGCCAGCCAAGCUCUACUGUGGAGUGCUGGUUGCUCAGGCCUAUCAAAUGUCCUCGAAAUGAAAUGAGCUGUUUUAUCGCCUCACCCUAACCCAGUGGCAGCUGUGCCCCGGGCAUCCAAUUACCUACUGACUGAGAUACAUCUCUCUCCCUUCCCUGGCCUGGGCCUUCUGGUGGCUGCUGCGUCAUGAUUGGACCAGCAGCUGUCCAUCACAGGGCCAACCUGCUGUUCUGCUCUGUGAUUUGGUCCAAUUGAAUACUGUGAGGUCUUCAUGAGCAGGGUCUCUGCAGGGUCAUUCAGCUUCCUGACUUGCAGGACACAAGGCUAAGGUGGAAAAAGAAUGUGCUAUUCUGUUCAUCUGCUCUUAUCCUUUUCUCUGCCCUAAAUUCCUGUUUUGAGUGGGAACAUUUGUCUGUUUCAUGAGCCGAAGCAUUAUUAUCACCUUGUUCGUGGAAAAAGGGAAGAGAAUCUGUGGUAUGACUUAAAGAUUGCUAUACACCAGCGGAACCCAUCCAACUUGAAGGAGCUGGAGCA